AUGUCUAGUUGUGAUCCAAAUACAUGCAAGCCCCAGGCAUGUGCCAUCCAAGACUGCUUACAGGCCAACGGGUAUAACGAAUCCAAAUGUUCCAAAUUGAUCGACCAGUUGUAUCUUUGUUGCAAGAACUUCUACGAACAGAACGGCAGCGAUGCCCAGAGUGUUUGCUGUCCUAAGUUCAACCUCCUUCAGUUGAAGCUCAAACAACGGGAGUUGGGCAAGAUAGAUGCUGAGUUGAUCCCAACCAGACGGGGAUAA